AUGUCAGCCGAGCAGAGAUCCAAUGUCCUUCAGUUGAAAUAUAACGAGUACAAGCAGACACUAGAAGAGCUACAGACAAAGAUAAUAGAGCUUGGAAAUGAUAAAGAAGAACAUGAAGUGGUGCUAACUACACUCAACGGAGUCGAUAAAGCCAGAAAGUGCUACCGCAUGGUCGGAGGAGCGCUUGUUGAGACAGAUGUCCAAACCACUAUUCCAAUCUUGCAGACCAAGAAGGAGAACUUAUCCUCCACUAUUAGUGCUCUGAAAGGCGAGCUCGUGAAAGUCGCGGAGGAAUUCGAGAAAUGGAAGAAGGAUAAUAAGAUUCAAGUCCUUAAACAGUGA